AUGGCCAGUCAUUAUCAUCGCCUGACCAGUGGAACGCCCACUGUGCCCAUUUCACUGCUCGGUUACAAGUCGCAAGUUAUUCGUCUACGACAACCAGUAGGACUUGCUUCAUGGGAAUUCAAAGCUGAAAAUAUUUUGCUUGAAGCCGUUGUUGCUGUUUUCGCCGUUGGGGAUGUUCGAAAGGGAAAAAUUUAUGUUAAGGGCCAUGAGCCUAUUGUUGUCGCUGUAAAGACGGUUCCCGGCAGAACAGUCGAGGCCAAACAAAAAGUUGUGGAUUUGAUGCGAGAGUGUCGCCUGCUGAGAGAAUUGAGUCAUCCUUGCGUUACUCAAUUUUACGGGGUGAAACUGACCGGCUUUUCAAUGUCAAAAAAAGGUUCUGUGUAUUCUAUAAAAACGGCGAGGCGUGUGGCAAUGAGAUGGAUGGCGCCGGAGACGUUGUCUAAGUUCUACUACACGCAGAAAUCAGACGUAUACGGUUUUGGGGUAAGCGCCGUACUUCAGAAUUGCUAG